ACUGUCACCGCUGAUUUUCGUGAUCAUUCAUUGGCUCUCACUGAUAGGCUUAUCUACGGCAACUACUAUUAGUGAAUGGCUGCAGCGCUGACAACAAAUCUACCAGCUAGUAUAAAACGGCCUGUUAAAAGUUCAAGAAUUCAUUUGUUGUAUACGAUCCUAGCACUACUUGUAUAUGGUUUUUCAAUCGAUAAUCCAUUUUCAUCCAGUUUAAGAUGUUCGAUCGCUAUUGUGAAGUUACAAUCCAGGGCUACUUGUAACGCGUUCUCAACGGGAUGUAUUGAGGAGCUAGACAAGUCGAAUUUAGACAGCUGAGCUAGGUUGAUCAAUAAAGUGAUCUGAGUUAAUCAAUAGAGGUAAUACCCACUAUACCCAGUGUUCUUUUAUACAUGUAACAAGGAGACGGAGUGGACAGGAUUACACAUGAAUUUUUAGUGUGAGAAACCUACUGAUACCAUGAUCGUCGCAAGGAAAGCUCGUAGAGUGAGCAGUCGACUCUCCUUGAGUCUAUCAUGGCCUUCAUGUGCAUCUAUGUUAUGGACGGCCAUGGCAAUUAUUGUGCUUUUUGUCAUUCAACAUCAAGUUUACCGAAAAUACCAUACAGCUAACAACUCAGAAAAAGAAAUUUCAGGCAAAAACUCGAUUAAUGGUUCGAUCUUUGGUCCAAACAAAAGUUAUGUGUAUGAUGCGUUGAGAACAGAAAAGGUGGAUGCGCAACAGCCAAAUAGUUCUAAUCUCCAGGUGAAAGCUAAAAAGCUCUUUUAUGAGGGGAAAUGGAACUCAUCCUUUGUUUCUUCUUAUCAUAAACACUAUCCUGUUGAUUGUACAGCCAUAAUACGAGGAGAGCAUCAGUCUAUUACCAAGGCAACAGAGAUGUUGAAGAUAAAUGGAAGAAAGAUACCAACAGAUGUUGAAGUCAAGAAUUGGACCAGUGACUGUGAGCAUUACCGUAGUCAACGAAGGUAUCCGGUAUUCCCACGAUCAAAGGAAGAAGCAGAGUUUCCAAUUGCAUACAUUAUAGUCACCCACUCAGAAUCCUCACAACUUGAAAGAUUACUCCGUGCAGUAUAUCAGCUACAGAAUGUAUACUGUAUCCAUCCAGAUGCAAAGUCACCGUCACUAUUUCAGGAGUCUGUAGGAUCCCUAGCUGAAUGCUUGCCAAAUGUUUUCAUUGCCUCAAAGACAGUCAAGGUGAAUUAUGCUCAUUCAAGUCGUCUUCAAGCAGAUAUCAAUUGCAUGUCAGAUCUCCUGCAAAGACCAGAACCUUGGAACUAUGUCUUGAACCUUUGUGCACAAGAUUUUCCACUCAAAACCAAUCUGGAGAUCGUUCAUCAGUUGAAGGCUUUCCAAGGAUAUAAUGACAUCCCUGGUAUCCUAGCACCAGAUUGGUUUGAUCAUCGGACUCGCAUACACCAUGAAUUCCGAAAUAACAUGAUGGUCAAGAUGAAGGAUGUCCCAAAGCCACCACCUCCGCAAGACUUCCGGUUCUUCUUUGGCAAUGCCUACUACGCUGCAACUAAGGAGUUUGUCCAUUUUGUCAUCCACAACCAAACAGCUAUUGACUUAUUGAAAUACAGUGAAGACACUUUCAGUCCUGAUGAACACUACUGGGUGACACUCCACAGGAUACCUGGUGUUCCUGGAGGGUACACCAAGUCAUCUUGGAAUAGCACUGUCAGGUUUAUCCACUGGAAGAGCACUUCCCAUUCACCUGAAUGUGUUGGUAAAUAUGUGAGAAACAUCUGCAUCUUCGGAGCAGGAUAUGUUCGACAUCUGGCCCAUGCUCGUCACCUCUUUGCAAAUAAGUUCCAAAUGUCGUUUGAUCCCAUUGCUAUUCAAUGUAUGGAACAGUUGUUGGAUUACAGAAAUGCUAACCCAGAGGCUAUCAAAGACUAUGUUCCAGAAUUCCCUGCAACUGAUAUGUUUGGACUGAAUUAACAUUCAUCUUAUGCGACAGUCACCCCAACAAACAGACUCCAGGGUGAUAUAUAAUGUUAUCUCCUAUGACAUACCAUCGGUCAGUUAGGAGUUAGUUUCACUGAUCAUGCUGUUGUGAUUCACUGUAGCAGAAAACAAAGCAAAUCAUGUUUACACUAUAUUACUUGUAUAGGCCUAACCAUUUAGAAUCAAUUAUGACAUUACAUGUAUCCAAGGUGACAAAACAUAGAAUACCUUUACUCGGAUGAUGAAUUAUGAAAUCCUCAUCUAUAAUGUUUAGAUUCAGGGUGAAUGUACAUUUAAUUUUUCUGUAAAAGCGUUGCUUUUAAAGAUUCCAACAAAUUGUGUUCUGAAGUUUGGUUUGGACAGUCUGUGUAUGACUGGUCUCUCAACCAUCCUCAACAACACAUAAGUGGUAUCACUAAAGGAUCUUUUGAACCAAGAGUGAUCAAAAUUGAUGCACAAAUGAAGAAAUGAGAGCAAGUUGAACACUUCAUAAAAGGACGGACAUGACCUCAUGUCAUUUGAAUUUUUGACCCCUAGAUGACCUUUGACCUCAUCAUCCUCAUGAACACACCACACAUGAAGUGUUACCCAAGGCUCAUAUGCACCAAGUAUGAACAUAAUUCAUGCAGAAAUAAAGAAAUGAGAGUUGGACAAAAACUUGUGGGUUUUGUUUUUUUGUCUCUUAUUUUGUAAACCGUGAUGUUGGUGAUAAUCAAUAUACUGCAAAUAGUAAUAAAAUUAUACCAACAAUUCUACAGAGCCUUUAUUAAAAUGAUACAAGGCCAAAUGAAAAAAAUAUAUAUCAACACCAAAUCUGAAAUAAUCAAUAUAGAAAACAUCAACUUUCUUUACAAUAUAUUGAUAAUUUAUUUCAGUAAUUAAAUCAAAGCAGUUCUGUAAAACAAUAUAUGGAAAGUACUCUGAUAGAUUUUGCAAGUAACUUUCUGCACAACAUAUGACUCCAACAAAACUUUGUUCCAUCAUCUUUCAGAUCAGUAUACAUCUUCCAGACAUUAUACUGGAAUAAUUCAAAUACCAAUGUUGUCUUAUUCAAUAAAAUGACAGUUCCAUCACAUUUGCUCCAGCAACAAUUGCUCCGCUGUUAAUUCCACACAUUAAUGCUAUGACCAACUUCAACCAUGGGUUUAACACUAUACCCUAUUCUAAACCUAACCCUUAACCUAACAUAAAACCCUAUUGCAACAUUUGCAACCCGUACCCUAUAUCUGAGAAGAAAUAAAGCCCAAAGCAAUUGUCGCUGGAGCAAAUGUUGUCACCAAAAUUACACAACACCUUCUGAGUAUUCAAGUAAUUCCAUCUAAUAAUAAUAAUGAGAAUAAUAACGAUAAUAACAAAAGCUGUAUUCAUAUCGCACUUUUUGCCAACAGUUACAAAGCUCAAUUAUCAUUACCCUGGCUUAAGCUUGAACUACCACUUCAUCAGCAAUGCUCAGUGCAAUUGAUUAAAAGAUAUAUUUUUAAAAAAUACAAGAGAUUAUUCUAACAAUUGUAAAGGUGAAAUGAGUUUACUCAGUAGACAAAGUUAAUUUGGAGAAUUUAUCAAGUCAUGUGAGUGGUGCUCAAAGAGAAGUCUUGAGAACUAGGGGCUGAGGAACAUCAUGGUCAUUUAACUGAUAUGGUACUAUAGAGGCUGAGAAUUAGUCAACAAUUCAGUCUGAGCAAGAAUUU